AUGGCGUUCGAGACGACUGAAAGCGCUACGAGCUCGUCUCAGUCCCGGCAACUGUCCAGAGUUUCCUCCAACUCCAGAGCUGAGCCUGUCUUGAUGGCCGAGGCUUCUAGCCGGGUUGUUGAGGCGAAGUGGUUCAUAGACUGCACCCUCUUGAAGGAAUGUGCCGCAGAAAAUUUGCAUGGCUUUGCCAAACUCUACCCCGAGCAGUUCGGAGAUGGGCCUGUGGCCAAGAUGCCGAAGACCCAACUUUCGUGGGGUUCCGCAUGCUCUGGAUGCGAGGGUGCCUUGUACGUAGCACAUGCCAUUAAUGCAAGUUUUGCUGGAGCGAAGUGGCCUGUGAGGCUGCAGCACCGCUUCAGUUGUGAGUCCUGCAGAGACAAGCAAAAGUGGGUGCAUGUAGUUUCUGCCUCACACCGUUGCGCGGAUGCUGAUGAGCUGUUCGCAGAUCUGUUUGGGGCAGAUGAUGAGGAUGACGAUGAGAGUCAUCACACUUGCAUCUUUGCAGACAUACAGAACUUAGGAAACGAGACAGCCCAUUGUGUUGUGCACAAUCGAGAAUGCCCGGUCCCGCAGGUGGAUGUGUUCAUGUGCGGUGUGAGCUGCAAAGACGUUUCCCGUCAGAAUCCUGGGCGAGACAUGUCGAAGCAUGUGAUAGCCGAAGGGCACUCGCGUGGCGGAACUGCACAGACAUGGCAAGGCUUUGCAAGCUACGUUUCCAUCAAGCAGCCGGGUAUUGUGGUGUUUGAGAACGUGGAUGGCCUUGACGACAACGUCGGCCAGACUGCGCAGAGCAACAUGGACGUGGUUGUGCAGACGAUGAAAGGUUUCGGGUAUGAGGCUCAGCCAAUGAUGACUGAUGCUCAUGAGUUUGGAUGCCCAUCCAAACGGCGCCGGGUCUACAUCUGCUUUUUCAAGCGGACGUUUCACAAGUUUUGUUUCCAAGACCGUCCGCUCUCGCAGUCUGUAACCAUGUUCAGAAGCAUGACAGCUUCUUGCAUGCGAUCUGCGCCGUGCGUCACUGAGGUCCUUUUGGAUGGGAGUUGUGAAGCCGUUUCGGCUGGUCUUCUAGAGUUGCAGAACAAACGGGCGCAAGCAGAAGAGAGGGCCGCCAAUGCCAAAGCCAAGGCAAAGGCGAAAGCCCAGCCUGCUGCCAACUGGGUAGAGCAACACUUGAAGGCCAGUGAAACCUUAGGCGUUCGAUGGGGCCAACCGGCAGGUCGGGAAUUGGAGAGCAGCCCAUGGUUUCGAACCUUGACAGACCGUGAAAAGGAUGCCUUGGUGCUUUCCCGGUCCCACGCGCCGCAGGCAGGCUUCCGCAACCUGAGCCAGUCUUUGAACCGCAUCCACACCAUGACGCUGGCUGAGGGGUGUACAAAGCAUGUUGCGCCUACCAUGCUCCCUGGACAGAUUCUUUUUGUUGAACUUGUGAGACCUGCAAGGCUUCUGCUCGGGAGGGAAGCUUUGAUCCUGCAAGGGUUUCCGGUCGAGACUUUCUUGCGCGACAUGGAUGUGGCUGGAUACAACGCUUGUGACGAUCCAUUUCCCAAUCUUGCAGGCGAUAGUGCGAAGAAGCGCAAAAAAAGAAUGAAUGACAAGCCUUGGCUGACGGAAGCCCUCAUGAUGGAUCUGGCAGGCAACUCCUUUUCGUUUCCGGUUUUGCUCGCGGUGUGGCAGUCUGCUGUUUGCGCAGUGGAUUACCGUGCAGCCACUGAGACGGUGAAGGUUGCAGAUGUUGAAGAAGCUAUGGAUGCAUUGGCUUUUCUCGUGUCUUUGUGA